GGCGGUGGUGCGUUCAAGUGCAGACUUAAAAAGCCGCGCAACGCCGCCGCUCCUCUCAAAGCGACUCCACCGAACGAACGACGAACGGGACCUGACGCAAAUAUUGGAGCGGUUUACUGCACGUGAUCACUUCCACGCAGCGACACGCCAAAAAGAAAAAAGCAGUGGCUCCACUUCACCGUGGGAUGCAGGAGAGGAGCUUUGCUGCCGCCGCAGUGCACCAUUAGACCGUGAUGGGGGACUCGUUCUUCAACUGCUGUUACCUCCCACCCCAGCCCCCGGGCGAGGAGGAUCCCCACAGGUCCCGGGCGCGCCACGAGAACGCCAUGGCCUCCCCCAUUUCCCCGGACAAGCGCUUCCUCAUCCUCUUCGACUUUGACGAGACCAUCGUGGACGAGACCAGCGAUGACAUGGUGGUGCAGACCGCCCCGGGCCAGCACCUGCCCGGCUGGCUGAAGGACACGUACCAGGAGGGCCACUACAACGAGUACAUGCAGCGCGUGCUGGGGUACCUGGCCGAGCAGGGCGUCACCGAGAGCGACAUACGGGGCGUCAUGGAGAAGUUGCCCACCACACCCGGCAUGCUCACCCUUCUCCAGUUCCUCCGCAACCGGCCCCCGUACGACUUCGAGGUGGUCCUGGUGUCCGACGCCAACACCUUCUUCAUCGAGUCGUGGCUGAGGCGCGCCGGGGUGCGAGCGCUCUUCCACCGCAUCUUCAGCAACCCGGCCACCUUCAGCAGGGACGGCCGCCUGGUGCUGAAGCCCUUCCACACCCACGGCUGCCAGCGGUGUCCGGAGAACAUGUGCAAGCAGGCCAUCAUCCGGGAGUACGUGUCUCGCCGGACGCAGGAGCGAGGGCGCCCCUAUCAGAGGGUCUUCUACGUGGGCGACGGCGCCAACGACUUCUGCCCGGCGCUCGCCCUGGGGCCCCGUGACAUGGCCUUCCCGCGGCGAGACUUCCCCAUGCACCGGCUCAUCACGGAGACCCACGAGAGCACGCCGGGGGAGUUCAAGGCGGUGACGGCGCCCUGGGCAAACGCGGAGGAAGUGGUGCAGCGGCUGAGGAAGAUAGUGACCGAGUAGGACGGUCCCUUAGAGAAAUUUAAAGGGGUCAACUGUCACGUACCUUGAAGGCAACCGGGGUCAUACAUAAAAAAAAAAGUUUUUCACAAAGUGCACUUUUCCAAUGUUAGAUCUCUGCAAUAUUCUUUACCAAGGUGCUUCUCUUUGAAUCUUAUCUUGUAAUGUAUGUCAUGUAUGUUUAAAUAUUAUUUUUACUCUGCAAGCCAAAGCCAACUGGAGCAAAUUAUUUCCAGCAACAGGAAUAAAGCCAUCAACUGAA